GAGAGAACCAUAGAACAUGUUCGACAGCAACAAAAUGUUCCAAGGCAACUCGUACCUCCAGCAAUGGAAUUACCACAGCAAAAUCUUCCAGAUCCUUUGCCCGGGGGGCAUGGGGGGCAUAUUAAUCAGCCACAGGUGGUGCAACAGAUGCCCAAUGCUCAAAAUAAUGCUCUUGGUGCAGUCCAAGUGCAGUUCAAUAGGCAGCAACAAAACAGUCCUGCUGGUGGCAUCCUUGGACCACAAGAUCCUGUGGAAGUAGCAUUCCGUGCAGCUGAGCAACUCAACGCCAAUCAACAAAGAUAUGUACCUCCUGCACCACCCCUUCCCUUGGAUAGAAAUCAACUUAUUGAUCUAGUCCAAGAGACAUAUGGUCCAGCUUUAAGACCAUUGGUUCGUCCUUCCUAUCAUAAGCCGUAUCCAGAUUACAUAGAUCGGGAUAAUCCAUUUCCUCGUGGAUUCAAAGUGCCUGAAUUUACUUUGUUUUCUGGGGACGCAAGCCAGUCAACCAUUGAACACAUUGGUAGGUUCACUAUUCAAUGUGGGGAGGUAUCGGGUGAUGAUUUUUUGAAGUUGAGACUCUUCCCAAGUUCUUUAAUUGGUACGGCACUGACAUGGUAUCUAAGUUUGCCACAAAUUUCUAUGUUCACCUGGAGACAAAUGGAAGGUUUGUUUCAUAUUCAAUUCUACCGCUCAGAGCCUGAGAUAUCCAUGGCUGGUCUUUCUAGACUGACUCAACGGCCAGGGGAAUCUUCAAAAAAUUAUCUUAUGCGGUUUAGAAAAGCCCGGAUGAAGUGCCAUGUUGCCUUACCAGAGCAAGAGUUCGUGAAGCUUGCUCAAAAUGGUUUAGACAUUGAACUUCGAAAGAAGUUUGAGGGGAUGGAAUUCAGAGACUUCUUUGAGCUCUCUUAUAAGGUGGCACGUUAUGAGAACCUUUUAAGAGAGGAAUCCCAAAGAAAGGCAAUGUUGCAAGGAACUUAUUAUCAGGAUGCUUUUGACCUUGAUGUUGCCGUGGUCUUUGCAGACAAGCUAGUAACUUGUCCUAAUCUAGUGAAAGUCACUCAACAGGUUGAGGCGGCUGCAAAGCAUCUCUCGUAUGAAUCUAGGAGACAAUACACAUUUGAUGUGAUUAAAGCAAAUGAAAUCUUUGAUUAUUUGAAAAAGUUAAGACAUAUUAAGCUACCGCAGGGGCAUAGGCUCCCAACGGUUGCUGAAAUUGCAUCCAAAGAUUACUACAAGAUUGACAAAGGGCUGCUUCGUUUCCCUGAAAAACCCAAGGAAGCCAUGGGGGUUGAUGAGAAUCCUUUUCCGAACGUUGAUGUUGGAGUUAAUGUUGAUGACAUAAGGAGCAUCUCUCAAAGGACGUAUAAAGGGCGAACUUUGGCUGCAGAUGACCUUCGCUGGAUCGGCAGCAUCUCUAUUAACCUCUCUUGUUUGGUUCUCACACUUCCUUUGGUUUUUCAAGCCAAGGGCAGCGAGACUACCUAUGUUCCUACCCAUGUUUCCAAUGGCAGCAUGUUUGUUGAAGAAGAAGUGAUAGAGCACGCCUGGUGGGACCUCCUGCUGGCGAUUGUCUAUCAAGAAAAGUUUUUUGAUCCUCUUUUUGCUUUUCCUGGGCAUAAAGCAGCCAUAGCCAUGCCUAGGAAGGUUGGAAAAGAAGUUGCACAACAAGUGGAAGUGACUCCCGAGGAAGUUGAUUCUGCUGAGUCAAGCAAUAAAAUAUCUCAAGAACUUCAGCAGAUAAGGAAGCUACAAGAAGAAGCCAAUCAGAACAUGGAGCGUAGUCUACAAAGCUUUCUACAAGCCCAACAAAAACAUUCAGAUCAUUUCACUCAAUGUUUGAAUGUUAUUGAAAGGGCCAUUCAUGACAAUUCUCGAGCUAUUCGGGAAGAAGUAGCAGAAAGUCGCAAAACCCUCACUGCAGUUUCUGAGAGAACCAUGGAACAUGUUCGACAGCAACAAAAUGUUCCAAGGCAACCCGUACCUCCAGCAAUGGAAUUACCACAGCAAAAUCUUCCAGAUCCUUUGCCCGGGGGGCACGGGGGGCAUAUUAAUCAGCCACAGGUGGUGCAACAGAUGCCCAAUGCUCAAAAUAAUGCUCUUGGUGCAGUCCAGAUGCAGUUCAAUAGGCAGCAACAAAACAAUCUUGCUGGUGGCAUCCUUGGACCACAAGAUCUUGUGGAAGCAGCACUCCGUGCAGCUGACCAACUCAACGCCAAUCAACAAAGAUAUGUACCUCUUGCACGUCGUCCAAAUGCAGCCCCACAGCCCAACUUCCAGAAUAAUGCCUUUCAACUAUUAGGGCUGCAAGUAGCACCCCCUCCCUUGGAUAGAAAUCAACUGAUUAAUCUAGUCCAAGAGACAUAUGGUCCAGCUUUAAGACCAUUGGUUUGUCCUUCCUAUCAUAAGCCGUAUCCAGAUUACAUAGAUCGGGAUAAUCCAUUUCCUCGUGGAUUCAAAGCAUCGGGUGAUGAUUUUUUGAAGUUGAGACUCUUCCCAAGUUCUUUAACUGGUACCGCACUGACAUGGUAUCUAAGUCUGCCGCAAAAUUCUGUGUUUACUUGGAGACAAAUGGAAGAUUUGUUUCAUAUUCAAUUUUACCGCUCAGAGCCUGAGAUAUCCAUGGCUGAUCUUUCUAGAUUGACUCAACGGCCAGGGGAAUCUUCUGAAAGUUAUCUUAUGCGGUUUAGAAAAGCCCGGAUGAAGUGCCAUGUUGCCUUACCAGAGCAAGAGUUCGUGAAGCUUGCUAAGAAUGGUUUAGACAUUGAACUUCGAAAGAAGUUUGAGGGGAUGGAAUUCAGAGACUUCUUUGAGCUCUCUUAUAAGGUGGCACGUUAUGAAAACCUUUUAAGAGAGGAAUCCCAAAGAAAGGCAACAUUGCAAGGAACUUAUUAUCAGGAUGCUUUUAACCUUGAUGUUGCCGAGGUCUUUGCAGACAAGCCAAUAACUUAUCCUAAUCUAGUGAAAGUCACUCAACAGGUUGAGGCGGCUGCAAAGCGUCUCCCGGGCAUAGGCUCCCGACGGUUGCCUAAAUUGCAUCCAAAGAUUACUAUUGACAAAGGGCUGCUUUGUUUCCCUAAAAAACCUAAGGAAGCCAUGGGGGUUGAUGAGAAUCCUUUUCCGAACGUUGAUGUUGGAGUUAAUGUUGCUGACAUAAGGAGCAUCUCUCGAAGGACGUAUAAAGGGCGAACUUUGGCUGCAGAUGACCUUCGUUGGGUGAUUGAGAAGGAAAGGGAACGUCGUGCCCAACAGAAUCAGAGGCUCGGGGGGCAACACCAUGCUGCCAGAAUCUAUGCAUCUGGAUCCAAGAUGAAGGAGGCUCGACAUACAGAUCGCUCUCGUAUGGUUAAGCCUCCACAGCGACCUCCAAGUAAAAGGUGGGAGAAGGUCGUGCAUCCCAAGUUUCCAAAAGAACUUGGAAGGAUGGUGUGGAAGAGAAAAGAGAGUCAAGAGGUUGCUGUCCAGAAUGAAUCUCAGCCGAAGGUGCCACCUCCUAAGCUCACCUCAUUGAUCGUCAAUGAAAAUGAGUUGAAGGCAUCCUUUGAAGCAGAUCAGCAAGUAGAGUUGACUAGCGAUGAUAAUCUUCUUGAGGACAUGGAUGUUCUGCAAAUCGGCAGCAUCUCUAUUAAUCUCUCUUGUUUGGUUAUCACGCUUCCUUUGGUUUUUCAAGCCAAGGGUAGCGAGACUACCCAUGUUUCCAAUGGCAGCAUGCUUGUUGAGGAAGAAGUGAUAGAGGUUCCAGCCCAAAAAGAGGAAGAGGAGCACGAUAUCCUUUCAGAACAAAUUAUCUUUAACAAACCAGAUGAAAGUGUGGCUCAUCAUAUAAAGCCACUCUACAUUUCAGCUCACAUGGAUGGAGUUCCAGUGAAUCGAGUCCUUGUUGACAAUGGAGCAGCAGUCAACGUCAUACCUUCUUUUAUGCUGAGGAAUUUGGAUAAAAAUUCUGAGGACUUGGUUUAUACUGACGUAACCAUCAGUGAUUUCACAGGUGGUGUUAGCAAAUCAAAAGGAGUGUUGCCGGUUGCACUUACUGUCGGCAGCAAGACGUCAAUGAGUGCUUUCUUUGUUGUAGACUAUUCUGCAACUUAUAAUGCAUUACUGGGACGUGAUUGGAUCCAUUCGAAUUGGUGUGUUCCAUCUUCGCUCCAUCAAAGACUCAUUUUUUGGAAUGGAGGCAAAACUGAGGUGGUCUAUGCUGACAACAGACCAUUCUUAGCCAAUUCCAAUAUGGUGGAAGCACGGUACUAUGAUGAAGACGUAGGAACCAUUCGUUUUUUCGGCAUGGAUAGACAAGGAAAACCUCGUGGAAUCACUGCUUGCAACAAGCCUACCUUGGCUAAGUAUGUGGUUGACGACGUGUGCAAUGAACUCUUGCAGCCUAUUGCCAUUAUUCCAUAUAGGCCGCAAGAGGAGCCCAAAAUUGAGGAAAAUACAGAAGCAAAUCUGUCGGAGGUGGUACAUGAAGGUGAGGAGGACACCCAUACCGACGGAGUCACAAUGGAAGAGUUAGAUCUGGCCCCUACAAAGCUGGAUGACCUCAGGGCUGAUGUACAAGAUCCAUUGAAGGAAGUUAAUCUGGGAACGAAGGCAGAGCCCCGCAUUACUUUUGUCAGUUUAGACCGAGAGUUGGUUGAGCAUAGACUACCAAUCAACAAAGGAUAUAAGCCGUACAAACAGCCGCCACGCCGUAUGUCUCCAGAAGUGAUUUUGAAGGUGAAGGAAGAAGUGGAGCGGUUGCAUAAAGUUGGUUUUAUACGGACAACCAGGUACUCAGAAUGGUUGUCUAAUAUUGUUCCAAUAGUGAAGAAGAAUGGAAAGCUUAGAGUCUGCAUUGAUUUUCGGAACUUAAAUCUAGCCACACCAAAGGAUGAAUACCCCAUGUCAGUAGCAGAUUUACUUGUUGAUGGGGUUACAUGCCAUCGCAUUUUAUCUUUUAUGGAUGGGCAUAGUGGCUAUAAUCAGAUCUUUAUUGCAGAGGAAGAGAUAAGUAAAACGGCGUUUCGUUGCCCUGGAAACAUAGCGGCCAUGAAUGCAAUUUUCCAUGAUAUGAUUGGCCGCUUCAUGGAGAUUUAUAUCGAUGAUGUUGUUGUUAAAUCCAUGGAGGAUGAAGAACAUUUGGAGCACUUGAGGAAAGCUUUUGAAAGAAUGCGACAACAUGGUUUGAAGAUGAAUCCUCUCAAGUGUGCUUUUGGUGUUACAGCAGGGAAUUUUUUGGGUUUUCUGGUCCAUGAACGAGGCCUAGAGGCCGUCAAAGGACAAGCUUUAGCAGACUUUUUAGCAGAUCAUCCUUGUUUAGAUGUUAAUGCUGAUGAAGACAAGGGAAUCAAUCUCUUUUCGAUUGACUUGGUUCCUUGGAGGCUUAUUUUUGAUGGGUCUAGCACUGAUCAAGCCUCUGGGGCUGGGAUUAUUAUUGUUUCUCCAGAUGGCAUAAAAACCCAAUGGUGUUUCCAAUUGGAUUUUGAAUGCACCAAUAACCAAGCAGAAUAUGAAGCUUUGGUAAUUGGCCUUGAGUUGUUGGUAGAGUUGAAGGUGCCAUCGGUUGAAAUUAUGGGUGAUUCUCAAUUAGUUCUCAAGCAAUUGAGUGGCGAAUACAAGUGCACAAGUGUGGUUUUGUCUCCAUAUUUUGCCACUGCCAUCCAAUUACUCGAGGAAUUUGAUGAUGUCUCCCUGAAGCAUAUUCCUCGCAACAUGAAUAUUGAAGCAAAUGAACUUGGGCAGAUUGCUUCAGGUGUAAAAAUGCCUGAAGGCAUCUUGGAGAAAGUCAUCGUCAUCGAAAAACGUAUGCUGCCUUCAAUUCAUCAAAGAGGAAUAAUGGUGGAAGCAUGCUCACUAGAUGUCACACCUACAGACUGGAGGCAUCCAAUAAUAGAACAUUUGAGGAAUCCCAGUUCUAAAACAUCAAGGAGAACAAGGAUGCAAGCUUUAAACUAUGUGCUACUCGGGGAUGUUCUGUAUCGUAGGGGGCAGGAUGAAUUAUUAUUGCGCUGCCUCGGUCUUGAUGAAAGUUACCAUAUGAUGUCAGAUGUUCAUAAUGGUAUUUGCGGUGCUCAUCAGGCAGGGAUUAAGAUGAGGUGGCUAAUUCGAAGGCAUGGUUUCUUUUGGCCAUCUAUUCUUAAGGAUUGCAUCAAUUAUGUGAAGGGCUGCAGAGCUUGUCAACUGCAUGGUCCUUUGCAGCGAGUGCCAGCUUCUGAGUUUUAUCCUAUUGUCAAGCCAUGGCCUUUUCGUGGCUGGGCAAUUGAUUUGAUUGGGAAAAUCUAUCCACCUUCUUCUAAAGGCCAUUCUUUCAUAAUAGUUGCUACAGACUACUUUACUAAGUGGGUGGAGGCAAGGCCUAUGAAGAAGGUUGAGCAAGGAGAUGUCAUCAAGUUCAUAAAAGAGGAUCUGAUCCACAGGUUUGGUUUUAGAAAACUAUCACUUCUGAUCAAGGCAUACAGAACCUCACAACGGAGCUCAACUAAGGUGACCCCAUUCUCACUUACUUAUGGUCAUGAUGCUGUCCUGCCUAUGGAAUUAACGACAAGGUCUCUGCGGAUUGCAAUUCAAAAUGGCUUGAAUUCUAGGGAAUACAAUGAGGCCAUGAUCAUGGAGUUGGAAGACCUUGAGGAAGCAAGGCUGACAGCAUUGGAUGCGAUGAAGGCCCAGGAGCUUAAAGUGGCACGAGCUUACAACAAAACGGUCAAGCAAAAUAAUUUAGCCGAAGGAAGGUUGGUUUGGAAGGCUGUGCUGCCGCUUGGCAAGAAGGAUCCCAGAUAUGGUAAGUGGUCCCCUAAUUGGGAAGGACCAUUCCAAAUUCAUAAAGUUCUUAAAGGAGGUGCUUAUUGGUUAAAAUCUUUGAAUGGGGAGUUGCAUCUGCGCAAGAUCAAUGGCAUCCACUUGAAACCAUAUUAUCCGAUUGUGUGGGAGGCACGAGAUAGUUUUGCCUCCACGUCUGCAUGAUCCAGGUUUGCAGACAUUUGUAUAUUAUUCAAGUUGUUUUUUUCUUUCAAUAAGGACACGUAGAGUUUUGGCUUAAACCAUGGAAGCAUACAUAAGACUUGGUGCUGCCAAGGAGGCAUGGCAUGUUCUUACAUUUGUGUUUU